CACACCGAUGCCCUUGCUCGACUGUCGUCUUUUUGAUUGACAUUUCAUUCAAUAAAUAUAAAAACGUGUGUGCGAGGCGGCGAGCGCGUAAAUUGCGGCGUAUUUGCAGAUCGAGGAGUUACAUUAAGUGCUUCAUCAUAAUCAGACCUCCGCGGGCGUAACAUAGCUUCGUUCCCGUCGCCCAAACAACGGUGAACGAGCGUGGGAUUCGUCUCCGGUGCUGAUGAAAUCAACUGUUACUCUCGAGGAAGUAGUGAAUAAAUUAGACCACUUUUCACCCCUAACAACCAGAAUGCCUAACAUCAAAGUGUUCAGUGGUAGCUCGCACCCCGAUCUGGCGCAAAAGAUCGUCGACCGUCUCGGCAUCGACCUCGGGAAAGUGGUAACCAAGAAAUUUAGCAACAUGGAGACAUGUGUCGAGAUUGGCGAGUCCGUUCGCGGUGAAGAUGUGUACAUCGUGCAAAGUGGCAGUGGUGAAAUAAACGACAACUUAAUGGAACUGCUCAUUAUGAUCAACGCUUGUAAGAUCGCGUCCGCGUCCCGCGUCACGGCUGUCAUUCCUUGUUUCCCGUACGCGAGACAGGACAAAAAAGACAAGAGCAGAGCGCCUAUUACCGCUAAACUCGUCGCUAACAUCUUAUCCGUCUCUGGAGCUGACCACAUCAUCACUAUGGACCUUCACGCUUCACAAAUCCAAGGUUUCUUCGAUAUUCCCGUCGACAACCUUUUCGCUGAGCCCGCUGUGCUAAAAUGGAUCAAAGAGAACAUACCAGAUUGGAAAACUAGUAUUGUUGUGUCCCCUGACGCUGGCGGUGCUAAAAGAGUGACCUCGAUCGCUGAUAGGCUGAAUGUAGAGUUUGCUCUUAUCCACAAAGAGAGGAAAAAAGCCAAUGAAGUUGCAUCAAUGGUCUUAGUAGGUGACGUCAAAGAUCGUACUGCUAUACUAGUUGACGACAUGGCAGACACAUGCGGAACUAUUUGUCACGCUGCAGAAAAGUUGAUUGAAGCUGGAGCUGUAAAAGUUUAUGCGAUACUAACUCAUGGAAUCUUCUCUGGCCCAGCCAUUUCGAGGAUUAACAACGCUUCUUUAGAAGCUGUAGUAGUAACUAAUACCAUACCACAGGAGAGGCAUAUGCAGGAUUGUCCUAAAAUCCAGUGCAUUGAUGUAUCCAUGAUGCUCGCGGAAGCUGUGAGGCGUACCCACAACGGCGAGUCUGUUUCAUACCUGUUCUCCAAUGUUCCAUAUUAGUUAAUUGAUAAUAGAUUUAGGUUACGGUCUCCAACUAUAUACAAAUGCUUGAAGAUUUUUGUCAAUUGAUGAAAUCGCUAGUACCUAGCUUUGGAAGCAAAUUGCUAUAAAUUGAUAUCUGAAACCAGUGACACAUCUGGAAUCUUUUCUUUGUUGGACACCAACUAAUUUAGUUUUUAGCUAUAAUAUUAGAUAUAAUCUCAAUAAGUUAAGGCUAGUGUUGCCCUGUUUGUGGCACGCGAAAAAAAGAACAUUUUUGUCUAUGAAUUUUUUUUAUAUAAAAUGGAAUACACUGUAUUUUGAUACAAUAUUUCAUGGCUAUAACUAUGCUAUAGUUGAUGUAGUAAGUAAUACAGUCAUAAACAUGCAUUUAAAUGGACUUUACUGCAGUUUGUUUUCAUAAAACAUUUGUAAUUUACAAAAAAUUGUGAUAUAUAGGCAAAAAAUUGUAUUUUUUGUAUGAGCCCUUCAACUUUACAUUAGAUCUGUUUUUGCAAUAAAUAAUUAAAGAAGCACAGUUUAUAAAGUUUUAAAUAUAAUUUCAUUCUAUGAAAUUUUAAAAGACAUUUUUCUGUUUUUAUUUUCUUUAAUUAAUUUUAUUAGUUAAAUAAUGUUAAGAUUAAUCUUAAAAAAAUCUAGGAAAUGCUUCUAAAUGUUACAAUUUGUCUGGAAGAAAGAUAUGUUGCCUUUAUUGAUGUUAAAAGAUUGUAGUAACUAAAGAAUAUAUUGGAAGUAUGAUGUUAAAAUAUGAGUAAAAUUAAUUUUUGUUUAAUACAGUUCAUUAAAUAUGUGCACAACUAUUUGUUUAAAAUUAACACAAUGUAUUAUUUUUAUUAGUAAAAAAUUAAGUCACUUUUUUUUUAUAAAAUUACAGCCAUUUUUUUCUAUAUUUAAAAUGUUAACUAGGACUUAUGUAACAUUUGGUUCUUAGACAUAAAAAAAUAAUACAAGAUAUUCUACA